AGCUGCACAGUGUGCCCAUCGCCCAGAUGGGGAACUACCAGGACUUCCUCAAAGCCUUUCCCCAACCCCUCAGACGCAGACCCUGAACAGCCCAAACGCCUGCACACCUUCGGAAACCCUUCAAACUGGACAAGAAGGGGAUGAUGAUUGACGAGGCCGAUGAGUUUGUGACGGGUCCCCAGAACAAGGGCAAGCGCCCGGGGAGUGACUCCAACAUGCACGGGAUCGGGGGUGGGUGUCCUAAGAGACGGCGGUGCAUGUCUCCUCUACUGCGCCCCGGCAGAGCCUAUUCGCCCCCCGUCAGCCCUGCAGCCAGCCCCUUCAGACCCCCCCUCGCUGAGAGCGACCAGAGUGAGUCAGACUCAGAGGCUGUGUUUGGGAACCUCUACAACCCAGAGACGUGUGAGACCGGGACAACGGUCCAACCAGGAGAGAUCCUCUCUGGAACCCUUCUAGACGGCCCCGGCCCAGAGAACCGCAUGGAGGAUGAUGCUGAUGGGGACACUGAGGAGGAGAACGGGCUUCCCAGGGAGGUGGAGCWCUCAGAGGGCAGUGAGGAUGGAGGAGAGACGGGGGGUGUGGUGGAGGAGCAGCGCCCGGCCCGGUACCCCUCCCCCGGGGAACUGAAGAAGGUGAUGAACAGCGAGAGUCUGGAGGUCAACACCGAACUACGAGCCCUCAUCACCAAGGAGAUACGGAAACCCGGGAGACGUACGUAACCAGGGGCCGCCAUGCCCACACUCUGCCACGGCAACCAGAGGAAGUUGCCUCACUUUUCCCCAACAACUUAACUUAAAUGUAAUUGUUAUUUUAU